AUGCGAACAAUGAACUUUUGGUUGUUGUUUGUUGCAAUGCUUUGUGGAAUGGGUUCCGGAAUGGCCACAAUAAACAAUAUCAGCCAAAUAGGAGAAUCACUCGGUUACACAUCUGUCCAGAGAAGUACAUUAGUUUCUCUAUGGAGCAUAUGGAAUUUUCUUGGGCGAUUUGGGGCUGGAUAUGUGUCUGAUAUUUUCUUGCACAGAAGAGGUUGGGAGAGGCCGUUGUUUAAUACUCUUACUCUUGCAACCAUGGCUGCAGGCCAUAUAAUUAUUGGUUUGGGUUUUACAGGAAGUUUGUACUUGGGUUCGGUUUUGAUUGGUGUUUGUUAUGGUUCACAAUGGUCAUUGAUGCCCACCAUCGCGUCUGAGAUAUUCGGUGUGCUGCAUAUGGGUACUAUAUUUAACACCAUCGCUGUAGCUAGUCCCGUUGGAUCUUACAUAUUUUCUGUACGAGUGAUUGGUUACAUAUACGACAAAGAAUCAUCUGGUAAAGGGAAUUUGUGCAGUGGCUCUCAUUGUUUCAUGAUAUCGUUCUUCGUAUUGGCGGGUGUUUGUCUUUUUGGAUCUCUAGUUGCAUUGGUCUUGUUUAUGAAGACAAGAAGGCUCUACAAGAUUGUUGUCUUGAGACGCCUACAGAAUUCUGGAAGAGGCUGA